AUGGAAAGCGGAGGAGGAGAACCAGCCGGAGAAGCGAUCCAGGACAUGCAAACGGCGAUUUUGCAAAUCACCCAACUCUUGCAGCGGUUUGCAGUUCUCAGGCAGCCAAAUCCGGAACACACGUUGGAAGCCCUUUCUUCCAACAUCAGCGAGUUUUCUUUCAACCCAGAAAAUUGCGUCACAUUCAAGAAAUGGUUCGCACGCUAUACCGACCUUUUCGAGAGCGACGCGCAGCAUUUGGAUGAUGCAGCCAAGGUUCGGCUGUUGCUGCGAAAAUUGGACACCGCUUCCCACAGUCGGUAUUUGAAUUACAUCCUUCCAAGGCUCCCUAAGGAUGUUACGUUCAAGGACACCGUGGAAACGUUAACCAAAAUUUUCGGAGAACAAACCUCACUUUUCCGACGCCGGUUCCAGUGUCUCCAACUGGCGAAAAGCGUAAGAGACGACAUCAUAACCUACGGCGGAAAGGUAAACCGAGCGUGUGAAGAUUUCGAUUUUGCGAACCUAACAUUCGACCAGUUCAAAUGUCUGGUUUUCGUGACCGGACUGAAGGCAUCCAAGCACGCUGAUAUUCGGACCAGAUUGCUCACCCGGAUGGAAAACGAGAGACCGGACGCACCAGUGACUCUUCAAACUCUCAUCGACGAGUUCCAGCAGCUCGUUAAUCUGAAAUCAGACACCAGCUUAAUUGAGCAUCCAGCCAGCUCGAAAGCAGCAGUACACGCCAUCAGUGAGAAGAAGAGACCAUCAGAAGUCCCCAAGCCCUCGUUUAAACCGGAAGCCAAAUCUCCAAAGAUGCCGUGCUGGCAAUGCGGCCAGAUGCACUUCGUGAAGGAUUGCACAUACAGCAGCCAUCUGUUCAAAUCUUGCAACCGUGUGGGGCACAAGGAAGGGUACUGCGGAUGCUUCACCAAGACUUCAAACGCGCCUGCUGGGGAUAAUUCCAACCAAAAGGGUAAGAAGAACCAGAAGAAGAAGACCAAGUACCAAGCCAACAUCGUUCACACUGUAAACCACACCGGUAAUCUCACCCGUUUCGUCACGACAAUGAUGAACGGACGUCAAGUCACACUGCAACUCGACAGUGGAUCACCAAUCACCAUCAUCAGUGAAGAGACCUGGAAGAAGGUUGGAUCACCUGCACUCAAGCCAUCGUCCUGUGAAGCAUUUUCUGCAACCAAAGAUCCUCUGCCGCUGCUGGGGGAAUGCACCUGUCUCGUAGGAGUCAACGACGUCAUCAAGCCUGGACUAUGCCGAGUAACGUCAUUCAAGGGACUCAACCUGUUCGGCUCGGAUUGGAUGGACCUCUUCGAGAUGUGGACGAAACCAUUGUCAUCGUUCAUUAAUCAAGUGAAUCAAACCAAUUCAAAUUCCUUUUCUGGAAAACAUUUCCUCAUGCGGUUUCCCGAAGUUUUUCAGGACACUCUUGGGCAUUGCCAGAAAGCUCAAAUCAGUCUUCACCUGAAGCCAGAUGCCAGACCGAUUUUUCGACCCAAACGCCCGGUUCCAUACAACGCCAUUCCCUUGGUCGAAACCGAUCUCAAUCGUCUGCAGCAGUUGGGCAUUAUCUCACCAGUAGAUUACUCCGACUGGGCAGCUCCUAUCGGAAGCCGGGUGGCAAGGUUCGAAUUUGUGCCGACUACUCAACUGGGCUGA